AUGAAUAUCGCUCUCUCGGAAACAGUUUCUGGCAGUGGUGGUGAUGAGAAUGAUGAGAUCUUCAGCAUUUUUCGCGACAAUUCGGAUCAAUUGCACAGACUUACGAACAUCAACUCAUCAGAAUAUCUCGAACAAUUGGCACCAAUUAUCAAAAGUGCUCUUGUUUCCGAUGACUCUCUCGAUGAUUUAGUGAUUAGUUUGGAAGAUAUUUCUCAUGAGAAAUCUCGCAAUCUUGAACAAAUUUGCAAAGAAUCAGAAAAUGAUAUUUUGAAAUCAGUAACCAAUAUUUCCAAAAUUAAGGCAUCCAGUGCACAACUCCAAGGAGAAAUCAGCGAAAUCAGCUCAAUAUUAGAGAAUAACGGCUCGAAGUUAAUUGAAAAAAAGAAAAAAUACCUCGCCUUGAAAAAUAAUUCAAAUAAAAUCAACCAAUCAGUAGAUUUGAUCAAUUCCUCAUUACAAAUGUUAGAGUUGAGUAACAAAGUCCAUGAUUUAAUUAAAAAGGAGAAGUUUUUCAUUGCUUUAAAGAAUCUCGAUGAUUUGAAAAAUGUUCAUCUUAAAAACAGCGAUAUCAAUCAGUUUAAAUUUUCCAUGCAAAUCUAUCAGUCGAUACCAAUUCUCACGAAUUUAAUCAAACUGAAGAGUUUUGAAAGCGUUCGGAAACUAAUGACUCAUUUGGAUAAGAAUUUCAUCAAUAUGGGAGAAGUUUUGUUCAGUUAUACCGAAAAAUUAAUGGAAAAAUGGUAUCAGCGAAUUAAUUCCAAUAAGAAUUCUGAUCUUAAUGAAAUUUUGAAAGAGUUUUCGUUGAACUCUCCUAUUGAAUUGACCAUUAGACUUAGUGAUUCCAGCACCAAGUUGAAUCCACUCAAUAAUGAAUAUAUUAAAAUCCCAUUAAAUCCAAUCUACGAUGCUCUUUUAAUUUAUGAGUCUAUUGAUGAACUCGAUGACCUUCGAAGCAAAUACCUCAAAGAGCUUACUACCAGAAAGGAUAGAUUAUUUUAUCAAAUCCUCAAGACCAAUAAUACUGCAGCAGCUAAUACUGUUGCUAAUAGUAGCUCCUUUAAAGAUGCAGGGUCCAUUAAAGAAUUCUUAUUCAAGCUUUCAGCGUUUUUCAUCGUUGACCUGAUUAUUAAUAAAAACACUCAUUUCAAAUUGAGAGCAGCAGAAGCAACCGCCAAUUUGUGGGAAUCAGUGGCCGAUAAAUUGAUCCCGGUAUUGGCUUCACAUAUUGAAAGCGUCUCGAACGAUAAUAUUGAUGAAUUAGUGGAAUUGAAACAAACUGUGGGGAUUUUCAUCAAAUUGAUGGAAAAUUAUGGAUUUUCUAUCAAAAAGGUGUACGACGAAAUUCUCAUUUUAUUAUUUAAAAAGUUCCAGAAGAUUCUUCUUAACAACUUUGAAGAAGAAUUCAAAAUUUCAUUAUACGAGGAUGAUUCCAUGCCAAUGAGAAUCAAUGAUAUGACACUUUACAAAAAAGUUUUGGCAGUCAGUUGGUAUCAAACGGAUAAUCCCGAUGUUGUUCCAAUUUCUCCUAUAGAUCCACCUGCCAGUGGUCGUCAUGAUCCUAAGUCAAACGAAUUUCCAAAACAUUUACCAUUUUCUCAACUAUACCCAAUGACCUGUGCACAGGUUCGUUCCUUUGUCAAUAAAUCUUUACAAUUUUUGGAAUUUAACAUUUAUAAUAAGAAUUAUAAACUAUUGAGUCAGUUAUUAAUCAGCUCUCUCGAUGAAUUGAUGAGCAACAAAAUCGGUAAACACUUGAAAGAAAAAGUGAACUCCACUAAUCGUGAAGAAAUUGCCCAGAAUUUAAUCAAUUUGGAUUUUUUUUACAUUUCAUCUCAUGAAGUUUCCAAGCUUUUGACUUCCUUUAAUGCUAUGGUUGCCAACAACAACCCAUCAAGCUCAUCGAUGUCCAUUAAUAUCAAUUUGAUCAAAAGUUUGCCACAGAAAAAUUUCAUACUCAACUCAACCCAGAUAUUUAAAGAAAUUAAAAAGAAUGCGGAAAACAAAUUGUUUGAAAUGGUCGAUGGUAAGGUUAUGCAAUUGAUGGAAAUGAUUGAUUUCGAUUUCGAGACCACGAUAACCAAUAACGAACCAUCAAUGUAUAUUAUUGAAUUAGGGGAGUUCUUGAAAGCGAUGUUUAGUUCGACGUUUAGCAAUUUACCAGCGCAAGUGCUUAAUUUGUUGAUUUACCGUACAUUUGAUAUUCUUGCCGAUAACUUUAAAGCAGUACUCAAGGAUUCUCCAUUGAUCACAGACGUUUCUAUUCUCAAUUUCGAUUCUGAUUUGAGUUACAUUGAGAAUAUUCUUGAUGAAUUGCGUGAGGAAGAAGAUGCCAACAAUAGUAGUAAACUCAGAGGUAAAUUCGAAGAGUUGCGACAAAUCCUUUUAUUAUUGAAGAACGGAUCAUUUGAAGAGUUUAGAAAUUUCAAAUCUGAGAAAUACAGCAAAGUGGACUAUGAUUUGGGGGCACAGUUAUUGAAUAAAUUAAGGAUUAACGGGAGAACCAUUGGAGAAAUCCAGAGUCAGUUCAAACCAGGAUCGCCUGACAUGGGAGGUUAUGAUCAUGGUUCUAUUUCAGGGUCGGAAAAUAAUGGUCUUACAAUGCCAUCCGUGAUUAAGAGUCCUUCAUCUAUGAAUUUUUCCAGAUUCUAUAAGUUUAGAAAUCCAAGCAAAUAG